AUGUUGCCCUUUGCGAUUGCCGCUUCCGCAUUGCUCGCGAUUUGGUCUACGCCAGUGGCAGCUGAGUUGAUCCGACACGAUUCGUCUUGGUCUCCCGAUACUACCCUCUACGCAACGGCAGCGAAUAUCACGAUCGACUGCCAGUCGCGUCACUCGGUACUUCUCAAUGGAUCUUCUCCUGGACCAACGUUGUAUCUAGAAGAGGGGAAAACGACAUGGAUAAGAGUGUACAACCAGAUCCCUGACCAAAACGUAACCGUCCACUGGCAUGGUCUCUCCGCCAGAGUAGCACCAUACUCCGACGGCAGUCCACAAGCGAGCCAAUGGCCUAUCGCACCUGGGCACUUCUUUGACUACGAGAUCCACCCAGAAGUAGGAGAAGCCGGGACGUACUUCUACCAUUCACAUGUCGGCUUCCAAACAAUCACUGCGGCAGGACCAUUAAUCGUAAAGUCCUGCGAACCAGAGCUGUACGAAUACGAUAAAGACAUCAUUAUGUUCCAGCAGGACUACUACAAUAAGACCGAUGCUACGAUUGAGAAGGGUCUGCUUGCGAAUCCCUUUGUCUGGAGCGGAGAGACGACCGCGAUAUUGCUGAACGGACAAAGCGGUAAGGCGCAAACGGACAAUGCUACCGACAGCAGUUGUCUACCACAUAUUAUUGAGGUUGAACCGGAUACAACGUAUCGAUUGAGGUUCAUCGGUCAACAAGUCAUCUCGCUGGUUACGCUAGGCAUUGAGGGGCACGACAAUCUAACUGUCAUCGAAGCCGACGGAUCAACUACUAAGAAGGCAUAUACCGACCAUGUACAGGUCGCUCCAGGACAGCGCUUCUCUAUUCUGUUCAAAACGAAGUCAGCCGAAGAGCUCAAGCGACUGAAUCGUACAGACUUCUGGAUACAAUAUGAGAACCGCGAUCGACCUGCUAGUGUCUCUGGCUAUGGACUGCUUCGGUACCAUACUGAACAGAGUGGCUACUACCAAGACAACGUCACUGCCAUCUUGUUGCCAGAAAAGAAGCCUCUCACCCUUCCAAAGGAUGUCACAAACUGGCUCGAGUACACGCUCACCCCGUACGAUACCUCGUCCAACCCAUUUCCUCCCGCAAGCUCUGUCAACCGUACCAUCGUCAUCACAGUGCAGCAGAAAGUCAAUGGGACAACACAGUGGGCACAGAACGGCAACAUCUGGAAAGAGUCAAACAUCACCUACCCAUACCUCACCGAGAUCUACAAGCGAGGCCAGUCCGCGAUACCAAACUACGAAGCAGCGCUCGCCAACUACGGGUGGGACCCCAAAACGCUCGCAUACCCGGCUAAGAUCGGCGAGAUCAUAGACAUCGUAUGGGAGAACAACAACGGUCCAAGUGGUGGCUGGGACAUCCACCCGUUUCACGCCCACGGUCGCCACUUUUGGGAUCUCGGGUCUGGGAAUGGGACAUACGAUGCGACAGCAAAUAAUGCGAAGCUGGAGAAGCUUUACAAUGAGAGCGGCUGGACACCUGCUUUGAGGGAUACCACGAUGCAGUAUCGAUAUGCGGAGAAGGGUGUGCCACAUACCACAGCUGGGUGGCGGGCAUGGAGAGUCAAUGUCUCGGAGCCUGGUGUGUGGAUGAUGCAUUGUCACAUAAUAGCUCAUAUGAUUAUGGGAAUGCAAACGGCAUGGGUCUUUGGAGAUGAGGCUGAUAUCACGUCGAGGGCGCCUCAGCCAUAUGUGGCGGGAUAUUUGGACUUUGGGGGCAGCGCAUAUGGGAAUGCUACGUAUGAUCCGUUGGUGAAUCACUUCUUCGGGUAA